AAGGGUUUUUUGUCACCCUUCUGUUCUCACGCACGCACGCAGUUCUCUCUUCUCUUCUCUUCUCUCACCCCGCAGAAGAGAGAGAAAUAUCCAAUCUAUCCAUCCAUCCAUCUAUCUAUCCCUUCCCUUCUUUCCUCUUUCUCUCUCUCUUUCUCUUUUUUUUUUCUAUUGAAUCGGACGGCUAAGAUUUCAUCAAGAAGCGAGAGAUCGUGAGGUAUGCAGCAAGGUGAUCAAACGGUGUUGAGUUUGAGGCCUGGUGGCGGUCGAGGCGGCAGGCUUCUUGGUCCUCGAUUCGAUUCAUCUUCAUCAACGACUUCUGCUUCUCCUGCGUUUGGCUCUUUUUCCGCUGAUCUUCCUCUCUUGCGUCCCCAUGGCGCCACUUCUUCAUUCUCUAUUAAGGCUGGAGAUUCACGGUUUGAGGGUCGUGAGCGUGUGCGAUAUACCAGAGAUCAGCUUCUACAGCUUAGAGAGGCCAUUGAGGUCCUUGAUGAUGUUUUGAAGAUCAAAGAAGAUAUUGAAGCUGAACUUUUAGGUGAAGAUCAAAGUUGGGGCCGCACAGAAAACAACGUGAGUCCCCCAAAUCAAAUUCAAAAUCGAUAUUCUGAGCCAGAUAACCGUGACUGGCGUGGUAGAUCUGGACCACUUCCUGCUAAUGCAGAUGAGAGGUCUUGGGAUAAUCUCAAGGAGAAUAGGGAGUUUGGCAAUUCUAGUCAGGUUAAUCGUCAAGACCAACUGAAUUCUCAGUUUGCAAGGGCACAAAACCAAGGGGGAGGACCUACUCCUACUCUAGUCAAGGCUGAGGUGCCAUGGUCAGCUAGAAGGGGAAGUCUCUCUGAAAAGGAUCGUGUCUUGAAGACUGUUAAAGGAAUACUGAAUAAGUUGACUCCUGAGAAAUUUGAUCUCCUGAAGGGUCAGUUGAUUGACGCUGGCAUUACAUCAGCUGACAUAUUGAAGGGAGUCAUUUCGCUGAUUUUUGAUAAGGCAGUGCUAGAACCAACAUUUUGCCCCAUGUAUGCUCUGCUGUGUUCUGAUCUUAAUGAAAAGCUGCCUCCAUUCCCGUCUGAAGAACCUGGUGGGAAAGAAAUCACUUUUAAACGAGUACUCUUGAAUAUCUGCCAGGAGGCUUUUGAAGGUGCAGAUAAACUGAGGGAAGAAGUAAGGCAGAUGACUGCCCCUGAGCAGGAGAUGGAACGGCGGGACAAGGAAAGACUUUUCAAGCUUCGUACCCUUGGAAACAUCCGUUUAAUCGGUGAGCUGCUGAAGCAAAAAAUGGUUCCUGAAAAGAUUGUUCAUCACAUUGUGCAGGAGCUUUUAGGACCUCCGGACAGCAAGGUUUGUCCAGCUGAGGAAAAUGUUGAAGCCAUAUGUCAAUUUUUCAUCACUAUUGGUAAGCAGCUUGAUGAAAGCCCAAAAUCACGGCGGAUGAAUGACGUGUACUUUAGCCGGUUGAAAGAAUUGAGCACAAAUCCCCAACUUGCACUACGGCUGAGGUUUAUGGUUCGGGAUGUUUUAGAUUUGCGUGCUUGUAACUGGAUUCCAAGACGCGAAGAGGUGAGAGCCAAAACCAUAACUGAAAUUCAUUCAGAGGCAGAGAAAAAUCUUGGAUUGCGUCCCGGUGCCACUGCAAGUAUGAGAAAUACCCGUGGUGUAAUUUCUGGUGUUCAAGGAAAUACCAGCACUGGGGGCUUCCCCAUUGCCCGACCUGGUACAGGGGGUUUGAUGCCUGGAAUGCCAGGGACCAGGAAGAUGCCUGGGAUGCCAGGAAUUGAUAGUGACAACUGGGAGAUUCCUAGGAAUAGGUCAAUGCCAAGAGGAGACAUAUCAGGCAUGCAAACUGGAGGACGUGGCCAAUCUCCUUUGAUUUCCAAGUCAUCAGCCCUGAACUCAAAGUUACUACCCCAAGGUAGUGGUGGUCUUAUAAGUGGUAGAAGUAGUGCCCUAGUGCAUGGAGGUGGUGGUGCUUCUUCUUCUGCUCUUCCAGCAGCAAACAUUGGGUUAGGUACUGAACCUGCACCUCAAAUCCCUCCGCCUGUUAAAGCUUUAUCUGCUGAAUCCUUGGAGAAGCCACAGGCUCCAGCUGCUGAGAAGCCACAGGCUCCAGCUGCAAAAUUGAAUACUGCCGAUCUUCACCGCAAAACUGUUUCUCUUCUGGAAGAAUAUUUCGGUGUUGGGCUUUUGGAUGAGGCAUUAUGCUGUGUGGAGGAAUUAAAAUCUCCAGCUUAUCACCCUGAGGUUGUCAAGGAAGCCAUUUCCCUUGCACUAGAUAAAAGUCCGCCAUGUGUCCAACCUGUUGCCAAUCUUCUGGAGUAUCUGUUUAAUAAGAAGAUUCUUUCAGCUAGAGACAUUGGGACUGGAUGUUUGUUAUUUGGUUCUAUGCUGGAUGAUAUUGGCAUAGAUUUACCUAAAGCACCAAAUAAUUUUGGUGAGAUAGUAGGGAAACUAAUUUUGGCUGGGGUUUUGGAUUUUAAGGUGGUGGCAGAGAUCCUCAAGAAGGUGGACGAUGACCGGUUCCAGAAAGCAAUAUUUGACUCUGCACUGCAGGUAAUUAGCUCUGCAGCAUCUGGGCAAGCUGUGUUGGAUUCACAAGCAUCUGAUAUUGAGGCCUGUCGGAGUCUAUUCUAGUGAAUCAGAUGACUUUGCAUGAGAAUACUGAUCUCUGUUACUGGAUGAACAUCUCUGCCCUGUUUCACUGCUCUUUCAAAUUCCCUUCCCUUUACGCUCACUUUUUUAGUUAGAGCAUUUUGUAUUACAGUAUGUUAUAAAAGUGGAGUUUCCAGUUCAGGUAUUUUCAUCGAGUUGUAUAAUUUUUUGUUUUGAUGUCGUUAGAGGUGUUUAUUGAGGGAAAGUCAAACCAUAAAGCUACGGAUUUUGUCUUCCAAGAGAGUGGCCCAUCCAUCCACGGGUCCAAAUGUUUUUUUUUUUUUUUUUUGUUUGUAUUUCAUUAGUUUCCAUUUUAUUAUUAAUUUUCUUGACAGUAAUUGUUAAACUGGUCAGUUCAUAAAUAUCAUUGUCUGUUACU